AUGCUUAAUCUCACAGCAAUCAUACUAGAAGUCCUCACACCUAUCUUUCUUGUCCCAUCUGCCUUCGUUGUUGCACAUUCCAUUGCGGCAUUGCAUGAAAAAUCGGACAAACUCCUUGUUGGAGGUCUCUGCAUAGGAUUACUCUCAUACAUCAUCAUACUAGGUAUGUUCAUCAUAGGUAUCUUACUUAAAUCUCGAUCAGUUGUACUAACAAAUUUAACAUUUCAAGUUUAUGAUCCACCAACAGUUCUUGUUUUCUUUGUAACAACAACAGUAUGCGUAAUACUUACAGCUCUCUUCAAAUUCUUUGAUUCUUGGUUCUAUGUUGUCAUGUUAUUUGUUCAUUUAUUUGUUGCAUUCAUGAAUUGUUACAGAAACUUAUAUAUGCCAUUCUAUACAUUAUUUAGAAACCCAACAAGUUUUACAUUUGGUGUUGUAACAACUGCUCUCGAUAUUUACUUGAUGAUUCAAUAUUUCAAACCAUCAAUUCCUUAUUAUCCAACAGUUUACAUAUUCUUAGUUACUUUAGUUGUUUCUUCUGUUGUUUGCAAACGAAUUUUCUUGAAACUCAUCGAUAAAACAAAACAAAAUUUGCAAAAACAAGAUGGAAUUACAAAUUAUGACGAUUAUUUCGAUGAAAUUGGAGUUUGUAAGAAUUCUUUGACAGUCAUGAAAUACAUUGUUGUCGGAUUAGCUGAAUAUUGUCCUUUAUUUUAUGAUGGACAUUUAACAGACUAUAUAAUUUCUCAUACAAAAGAUGAAAAAUCAUUAAGUUUGUGUCUCCAAAUUUUGACAUAUUUUCCAUGCGAAUCCCACAAAAUGAAUAUUUUAUACAAGAAACUGAUGACGAAAAAGAAAUUGUCAUUUAUCAAUAGAUUCUUGAUAUAUCAGAUCAGUGAAAUCAAGACAAGAAGAUUAGUUUCAAACUCAAAAGACACAUUAGAAUUAUCAAACAAAUUACAUAUGAUGAAUAAUUCUUGCAAAUACGGUUAUCAACAAUUUUGGGAUAAAUCUAAUUGUCCGACCAGUUUCCUUGUAAACCUUUCAAAUACUGUUUUGAUAAACAAUCCAAAUAAUGUCAAGAUUGCCAAUGAAUAUGCGAAUUUCCUUGCUGAAUGUCUCUGUGAUUUUAAUAGUUCUAUUUAUUACGCAAUGAAAGCUGAUGCAAUUGUUGAUGGAAACAAUUUUAAUGUUGAUGUAAGUUUUAGAUCAUUAGCACAGAAAUUCCCAAGAUAUUUGAAGGAUGAAAUAUAUGAUACUAAAGGAUCAAGAGUCAAGAAAACAGAUCAAACAAAUGAUUUCACAGUUUCUAAUCAUGAUUCAAGUAAAGAAACAUUUGAUGGAGAAGUUGAUGCAGAAAAUGAAGAAUUUUUCGGAAAGAAAAUGAUUAAAGACUCGAAAUUAAGAUUAGCUUUCCAUAACUCAAUACAAGAUUUAGAACCUCCACAUGCAAGGUACGUAAUGAUCUUCUCUUGUUUGUUUUUCAUUAUAGAGAUUGGUGUUUUCGUAGGAACUUUUAUUGUUUGUGAAAAAUUGCAAAAAUGGAGAAAACAAAAUCACAAUGAUGUUGAAAAUGUUGGAACAAUUGUUUUCUAUUCAAAUUACGCUCAAUAUUUCAUACUUAGAAAAUACUUGGAUUAUACUAAAAGAUACAAUGAAAGUAAUGAAGCAUUAGGUAAUAUAUCUGCUGAUAAAUAUACAACGAAACCUUUGUUAUCAACAGAUUCUUCUUAUGUUUUCCAAUUUUAUGAAUCAUUAAGAAAAGUGUCAAAAACAUUGAGAACAAUUUUGGAUUCUUUGUCGACAUAUACAGGCAAAUUUAGGAACUAUGAGUUAGCACCAGAAUUAUUAUUUGCUCAGAUGAAUAUAACGGAAUGUGUUGAUUCUAAAGUUGAUAAUGUUGUUCCUGCAUCAUUAACAGAUAAAAUUGUUUUCUAUUCUUAUGAAGAAAAUUAUUUAGCAGGAAAUUACAACCAAAAUUUGAUCAGCGAAAACAUAUUUGAUGAAAAUGAUUAUUGCCAAUUAACAGCUAAUACAUUUGAUAUCUUAGAUUAUUCCAUUCACGUUUUAGAACAUUUUAAGAACUAUUCAAGUUUUAGAUCAAAAGAUUAUUAUAAGUAUUACAAUAGAUUUUUAGGAGGUGGAUUAGUAUUAAUAACUUUCUUUUCUAUUGUUCCUUUAGUUUAUUUAGUAUUUAGUUACAGAAAUUUAGUAACAAAUGCUUUUAAUAUGCUUCUUAGUUUAUCUCCAAAAGAAAAAGAAGAUGCAAAACAACCUUUGACAAUAGGAAAUUUCGAGAAUUCUUCAAAUGAUUCUCCUGCAGUUGCGAAAGAAGUUAUCUCUUAUAAAAGAGAUAUAAUGACAUUCCUUUAUUUUGUUGUUGUUUUUGUUGUUUUGAUAUUAUUCGCUUUUAUUUUGUUGACAUCAAGAAAAGUCACCAAAAAUUUGAGAAACAUGGAUGAAUGGUUAUAUUUAGCAAACAUCCAAAUGGAAAUUGUUUCUGAGUUAGGUAAUAAUGCUAUUAAUUUUGUUUUAAUGCAGGAUUUGAAUCAUACUACACCAGAUACAAAUGUUUUGUUGCAAAGAAUUAAGUUAUUAAUUGAUGGUUUACAAUAUGUAAAUGAUAAAUUAAUUAAUGGUGAUGAUGAUUACAAAGCAUCAAUUGGAUUCGAUAGUGAUUUAGAUUCUCUUGAAACAGAGUCUGUUUGUGAGUUAGGAUAUGAUCCAAAGUCUGUUCAUGAUAUGUAUUGCUGCUCAAAUUUGAUUCAACAAAUUUCAAUGUUCAAAAACAUUGUUGAUGAUAUUGUUAAUAAACCAGAAGAAUACAAUGGAACAUUUGAUAAUGAAUACUCAGCAAAUCUUGUACAUAUGCUUGAGUUUCAUUUGUAUCCAAAUGUUGUUAAUGUUCAACAGAAAAUUUAUAAUUUAAUGAACAAUGAAUACGAAAAUGGUAUUUCAAAAAUGACUUUGUAUUUGAUUUUUGGUUUGAUUUUAUCUGUUGUCAACUUUUUAAUGGCAUUUACAUAUAAGACAAGUAUGAUUGAGAACUUUAAGUUUGUUCUCAUUUUGUUCCAACAUUUACCUCCUCAUAUUGUUGCUUCAAGACAUGAAAUACUUAGUUUCUUCAGAAAAACAGCUCCAAAUAAUUCCGAAGAAAUGCCAAUUUCAAAAUCAAUUGUUUAUGGAGCAUCUGAAGGAAUUAUCAUCACAAACCAAAAUGCUGUUGUUGAAAUAAUUAAUCCAAGUAUUACAGAAAACAUUGGAUUAACUCCUGAUCAAAUGCUUGGUCAAGAAAUCAUCAAUUUCGUUUCAAUACAAAGCCAACAAAAGAUUUUGUCACAGCUUGAUUUGAUGAUGAAUGGACAAGGAUCUUUAGUUUGGCAAGAUCACAUUGAAAUGAUAAAUGAUAAUGGAAAGACUGUUCCUUUCUCUGUGACUAUGAUAGGAAUGAAAGAUAAUGAAAAUGACACAGAAAUCAACUCAAUUGUUUUCAUUCUCACAAAUGAAACAGAAGAAAUCAAAAAGAGAAAUGAUGCUGAACAAGCGAAAGCAAAGUCAGAAAAACUGUUGUAUCAAAUUUUGCCAAAGGAUAUAGUUGUAAGACUCAAUAGAGGUGAGAAAGAUAUUUCAUUCUCUAUCCCAAUAGCUACAAUAUUCUUCAUCGAUAUUGUUAAAUUCUCUAAUUACUCCGCUACUUUAAGUCCGUCAGAAAUUAUGCAAAAUUUGUCAUUAGUUUUUGCCACAUUUGACAAAAAUGUGUCAAAAUAUCAAUCAAUCACAAAAAUCAAAUUGAUUGGUGAUGUUUACAUGGCAGCUGCUGGUUUGUUCAAUAAUGCUGAUGAGAAGACAGCGAAAGAUCAUGCAACAGAAGCAGUAAAUUGCUGUUUGCAAUGCAUCAAAUCGAUGACAGAUAUCAACACAAAUCUCGAGUCUUCUUUGGAAGUAAGAGUUGGUGUUAACUCAGGAGGUCCAUUGAUUGGAGGUGUCUUGGGAACUGAUAAACCUACAUUCGAUAUCAUUGGAGAUCCUAUCAAUGUUGCAGCAAGAUUACAAUCAACAGAUAUCCCUGGAAAUGUCCAGAUAUCUGAAGAAACCAAAAAUUUGAUUGAAUCAUCUGAUUUCAUUAUCGAAGAAAGAGGCGAAGUUUAUUUGAAAGGAAAAGGAAACAGAAAGACUUAUUUCGUUAGACAUCCAAACAAACAAGAAGAGAACGAAUCAUUCGCCCUCAACAUGAUAUCAGGUAAUAUAUAA